UAAGAGAGGGUAAAAAAGAAAAGAGAAAAGCAUCUCCUUCUUAAUUCACGGUGGCAAUGGAGAUAUAGGAAGGGAAGCGAAGGGAAGUGAAGUGAAGAAAUGUGGAAAAUGAAGGACUACAUGUCGGGGGGUGAUGAAGAAGAGAGAGCAGAAAGCUUCCUAGGUGAAGAAUCUGAAGGCUUCUGCUCUCUCUCCCCUACGCAGAGGAUGUACGCAUUUGCCGCUUGUUUACUUUCUGGUCUUGUUCUUAUGUUUCUGUCACUUAUUGUGUUUGUCAAACCCAUCAAAUUUGCAUUAUUGUUCACCUUCGGCAAUGUGUUAGCAGUUGGAAGCACAGCAUUCCUCAUGGGACCUGAGCAACAGCUACGUAUGAUGUUUGAUUCUGUUCGUCUUUAUGCAACAGCCAUUUACAUUGGAUUUGUUGUUCUAGCCCUCAUUUGUGCUCUCUGGAUCCAGAGCGAGAUCUUAACAUUACUUGCAAUCAUAUGUGAGAUUUGUGCGCUUAUUUGGUACUGUCUGAGCUACAUUCCAUUUGCUAGGAGAAUUGUUUCUGACCUAAUGAUCCGAUUUUGUGACACGGAGCUUUAGAUGUGAAAAAGAAAAGGAUUGAUCAUCUGAGAACUUUGGAGGGCAUUUUUGCCUUGUUUCAGUGUUUGCUGCUCAUAGUUGGCAAAAUAUUGUUUUGUCAGAUUGCUUUUCAAGAGUCCGAUUUUUAUUGUAACAAAACUUGUUUAUAUCUUGGAUUUUAUUCUCAUAUAUAUCAAAUUGAUUUCUCCUGGU